UCAAACUAUUUUUUUAUUCUCCACUUGAUUGUUAUUUUUGCGACGCUUCUAUCGAAUUGGCUUUUGCCGAGUUCUGAGGUUUUCAAAUGGACAAAACAAUCCGCCAACGCUGGACGCGCUUCACCCAAGCAGCCAGCAUUCAGAACCCUCUGCAUUUUGCAUCAUUCCCAUCAGUUGCCUCCUGCCGACAAACGCACAUUGCGUAACGGAGCCCUGAAUUUGGAAAAGACUUGGUCUGCGAAGGGCACAAAGUGGAACUUUGACUUUGUCUACAAGUAUAUGUGCAUAUGUACAUAUAUUCGCGGCAGAUCGAAUCACAGUCAUUAAUCAAGAGAAGCGGCCACAGUUUCCAAUUGGGGAAAGCUUUUUCAGACACACUGCCGAUCGCCAGUUGUGCCGGCGGCUCCAAUUAAGCCACGCUUCUCGAAAAGUGCCCCGAUUGAUACGAUUGUUUUGCAGGAAUUGACAUUUUUGAGCUGCUGGAACUCAUUGCAUCCCAUAGUAUAACAGUGGCCGAAAUCUAAUCUGCCCAUCGUCACAGCAGAUCAUAAAUCCAUUCGAAGAGUACCAGAAAGAGGCCUGACAACAUGAGCGGCUACCAGAGCAGGUCUGGAGUCGGCAUUGCCAGCCAGUCCGGGCCAGUCUACGGCGUGAUCUCGACGUUGGACGACCCCAGUGCGGCUACUUCCGAUUUCGCCAGAUGCGCCGUCGCCGAGCCCAGCGAGAGCGAGCUAAGUGUAUUUCUCACCUGGCGUACCAUCCACAAGAAGAUGGAGCAAAAGUACUGCUCUGCACUUAAGAAUCGCAGCCUGAUUGUCGAUCUCCUGGCCAUAUUCUUUGGCAUCGGCACCUGGCUGGGCGUUAAUGGCACAUUCAUACAACUGCCACUGCUGGUGGACGAGGCGCCCGAGGGCUGGAGUCUGCCCUCCUACCUGAGUGUGAUGGUCCAGAUUGGCAAUCUGGGGCCGCUGCUCUACACGGCCAUACAGAAGUACUCCCCGCGCAAGCUCAACGAUGGCUGGACCAUACACGGCGUACUGCUGGUGGGCGCCAUCUCCUGCCUGCUGACGGCCUUCUUCUACAACCGUACGGCUGUGGUGAACGGAGUGGAUCACAGCGUGGCCCUGCUUGUGCUGACCAUUUUCACGGCCCUAAAUGCUUGCACCAGCUCGGUGCUGUUCAUGCCGUACAUGGGGCGCUUCAAGGAGCAGUACAUGGUCACGUACUUCAUUGGCGAGGGACUGAGCGGCCUGCUGCCGAGUGUGAUGGCCCUUAUCCAGGGCAUUGGCGAGACUUCGCAGUGCGUGUUGGUCAACGUGACGGAGACUGGCCAGGAAAUCUUUGAGCAGCAGAAGGUGCCACCGCACUUUGACACCAAAGUCUUUUUCCUCAUUCUGUUCGGCCUAAUGGUGCUCAGCUACAUUGGCUACACGCUGCUCAAUGCCCUGCCCCUGGCCAGGAUGGAGUACGCCAAGGUCACCGUCAGCGAUGGCAACAAAUACGUGUACGGGGAGACGGACAAUCAGUCGCCAACGGAGAAGCUGACCCGCGGCCAGUACACCUAUCUGUUGCUGCUGAUAGGCGCCAUCUCCCUGUUCAGCAACGGCAUGUUUGGGAGCAUCCAGUCCUACUCGAGUGCUCCGUAUGGAUCGCGUGCCUAUCAUCUGGCUGCCACGCUGAGCGUGAUCGCCAAUCCGGUGGCUUGCUUCAUGGCCAUGUUCCUGCAUUUUACCUCGCUGCGCCUCAUCACCGUGCUCUCUAUCAUAGCCGCAUUGCUCACCAGCUACGUCUUUACCACGGCCGCUCUGAGUCCGUUUCCGCCGCUCUACGAUAAUAGCUUCGGCGCUGUUCUGGUGGUGGCUGCCUGGACCCUUCUGGUGGGCAUCGUCAGUUACACCAAGCUGGGCAUCACCACUGUGAUGCGCGCCCAGGGUGGCCAGUCACUGGUCUGGGUGGGUUCCAUCACCCAGCUGGGCUCCACCAUUGGAGCUGUCUCGAUCUUCUUCGCCAUCAACUAUUCGGAUAUGUUCCAGGCGGCGGAGAUGACUUGCUAAUGCAGAGCAUCGCAAUGUAAUGGACAUCCAGGGAUGAAUCGUGAUUUUUAUAGAUGUUUUUUACUGUAGUUUAGUGUGAUAUUUUUCAGAUUUGUAUUUCUACUUGUAUCGUCACAAUGAAGACAAUAGUACAUAUGUAUAUUGAGUUGC